GUCGGUUUUUAUCACCAAUUAUUCGACCACAUGCCAUCGGCGGCCACGUCGACGCCGCCGGCGACGCACUUUGACGCGGUCGGGUCGUGGAGAGACGAAUGGCACGGCGUGCGCGUCGAGGCGAUGCCGAGCGGUGGCAACAAGCACGUUCGGUUCUUCGACACCAUGACCGCGAACUCGAGCUUCCUCGACUCGCGGCACCACCUCGUGCACAACCCACGGUCGACGUUCAAGGACGUUGUGUACAUUUUGAUCAAUAUGUCGUGGGCAUGGUUCACAGCGUGCAUCUUGGGAUUCUCUGCCUUGAUCACGGUCGUGUUUGCGCUCGUGUUUCACUUUCUCUGCGUUGACACGGACGUGUUUGAAGACGCGUUCAACUUGAGUUACCAGUCGUACUCGACGAUCGGAUUUGGCAUCUUGUACCCGCGCAACGCGUGCGGGAAUCUUGCGCUGUCGAUGGAAGCAUUCGUGUCGAUGAUUCUUCUCUCGGCGAUCAGCGGUCUCGUCUUUGUGCGCUUCUCCAAGCCACGCGCGACCGUCGUAUUCGCAAGCAAGUGCGUUGUCCAGCCUUACAGCCACCACCUCGCGCUUGUCGUUCGCGUCGCCAACGCGACCCGGUGCCGCCAUCUGCACCAAGACUCGAUCCUCGAAGCGUCGUUCCGCGUCAACUUGUUGCGCAUCGAGGAGCGGUCCGGGACUGACUCGACGCUGGUGCUGCGACGGUAUGACCUCCCCACGCUUCAAGCGGAUUUCCUCGCGAUUCGCCGUGACAUCCAGCUUGUCCAUGUGAUCGAUGAGCGCAGCCCUCUCCGACGCCUCACGGAAACGACGCUGGCCGCAUCGGACUUUGCCAUUCAAGUCGAUCUCGUCGGCGUCGAUUCGACCACGCAAAACACCGUGCAGUGCCAGAUGCUGUACUCUGCGCUGCAGGUCGAGUGGGGAGCCAAGUUCCAGGACAUGUGCAAGGUCGAGGGGGUGCCUGGCAACGAGCAGUGGGUGAUGGACUUUGACCAGCUCAGCACGACCGUCCCAGCGCACGUGACCACUCCGCGGCGGCCAUCGGCUGCCCUGGACACUGGAGCGUCCCCGUACACGACAGGGUCGCCGAUGCUACCCGUCCUCCCGCCGCGGCAGUUGACGUACGCAAAGUCUUGCCAGUUCUCCAUCAAGGACGAAUUUAUGCAAACCACGGGGGGGGAUCUCGUGGACCAGGCGGCGACCAUGGGUACCCAGUACGCCGGGUCGCCAGGCACCCACCACGUUGUCGACAUGCCCCCGUGCGAGCCGCCCUCGACCGUUCGACCCAGUCGCACGUCUCGCCGGACGCCGGACGAGCUCACCGAGAGCCUCCUGUUCCAUGAGAUGCCGACAGUUGUCCAUAGCCCGAAUCGCCGCGCGUCGGUCGUGUCGUCGGCAGCAAAUGUGGAGAACGCGCCGCAUUUCGAUCGCAUCUUGCCCCGCCACGUCCCGCUUCCGUUUUCGUUUCACACGGUUUACACGGAAGCACUCAAGACGAGCUGGCCGUGGAUCAUCGGGUACAGCUUCGUCGCGUUUAUCGCGCUCAACGUGUUGUUUGCGUUCGUGUAUUACUUGGACAUGGACGGCGUCUCCGUGUACGACGAUAUCCGCAACAACAACACCGACUUUGGCGUGUGCUUUUACUAUAGCGUGCACACGCUGUCGACGGUCGGGUAUGGCGCGAUCGGGCCAAAGUCGUCGUCGACGUACCAGAACUUUUGGAUCAUGGUCGAGUCGACGCUUGGCAUUGUCGUGAUCACCAUCUUCACGGGCAUCUCGUGGUCCAAGUUUUCUCGGCCGCGGGCGCACAUUGAGUUUUCAAACAAGGCUGUUGUGACGCACGUUCGAGAUGGCACGCGCGUGCUCCUGGUGCGGGCACUCAACCUGCGGACCCAUGGCAACAUCUCGGGCAAUGCGUUUCGGGUUGGCGUGACCGAAGUGAACAAGCACACCAACUUGCGCCAAGUCCACGACGUCGACCUCGUCAAUAUGACGUACCCGUCGAUGAACGUCCCCGCUACGCUUGUCCAUGUCAUCACGAGCGCGUCGCCGUUUGCCAAGUUCAAAUCGAUCGACGACUUUCUCGAGUGCAACGUCCAGAUGCUGUGUCUCUACUCGGGCAUCGACCACACGUUCUCCACCAACGUGUACGCGCGCAAGAUGUACACGUCCGAGGACUUUGUCGUGGGCGACCAUUUCGCCGACUGCGCCGAGUUUUCGCCGGAAGGCGGCAUGGCCGUCGAUUUCGACCGGUUCCACGUCCACGAGCGUUCGUUGGGGGUGUAAGGGACGCCCUUGAUGCAUGUACCAUACCAAUAAAUAGUUUGCCAUCUUGACAGGUC